GGACGGAGCACAGCGCGCGCGGGACUCAAUCGGUUGACAUUGCAACAGUUAGCAGCAGUUAGCUGCCGAUCGACGCCUAGGUUUGGCCCGCCCGGCCUUUCCGUGGAGCUGUGCGGGUCAUGUGGGCCACGUGGCUCGCGUCCCGGCGGCCGUUGCAGUCGGCCGUCAGAAGGGUCGGAACCGUCAGACGAGUCCGAACCGACCUCUUCAACCACAAGGUUUCCCAGCAGGUCUCUGCCAUCAGCAGUCCUUGUGCGGUCCACUUGACAACAACAUGCCAGCGCACGCUACACUUGGGCACACAGGUGCACAAUGUGAAGGAAACGCCGGCGCCCACGGAGGAGGAAGUUGGCGGUUUCACCAAGCUGAUUGAGGCCAUGGGCUUCACGGGACCCCUCAAGUACAACAAAUGGAAAAUCAAGAUUGCGGCAUUGCGCAUGUACACGUGCUGCGUGGAGAGGAUCAGCUACGACGACUUCUUCAACAGGUGCUCGCUGCCCGACACGCUCAACUCCUGGUUCCUCGUCGCACAGCUGCAUGUGUGGAUGUGUCUGGUGCGGAUGCGUCAGGAGGGCCGCGCGGGCAAGUACAUGUGUCGCUACAUCGUGCACUCCAUGUGGGAGGACGUGGAGCAGCGCAGCAAAAUCAUGGGGCUGUCGUCUUACCCUCUGUGCGGACUAGUCGCCCAGUUCCUGCAGCCGAGCAGAAGGCAAAAAACCGGCGUGAUGCUGACAGCAGCGUGCUUCACAGAAGGGAUGCUGUUAGCCAGGUCUAAGGACGUUACGGGGGCCUUUUGGCAAAUUCCAAGCGGGCUGCCAUGUGCCUUUUAAUGAGAAAUGGCUUCCAUCCGGCCACUGUACCAUAAAUGCCUGAUCGGUGGCGUGCGUUCUCCUAUCUCUGCAAGGGAACACUGGAGCUCCGCCCGAGUGACCAUAGGGUUCUUGUUCACCUCUCUGACCGAGGCCCUUCUUCCCCGCUUACUCAGCUCGGUCGGACGGUCAGAUCUGGGACGGGUCCCGGCGGUUCCGAACUUCUUCCGUUUCCGAAUAAUUGAGACCACGGUGCUUUUCGGGACCUUCGAUGCUGCUGAAGUUCUUUUGUAUCCUUCCCCAGAUUUGUGCCUUGACAACAUCUGGUCUCGGAGGUCUGCAGACAAUUCCUUAGACUGAAUUUCUGCUCUGAUGUGCACUGCCAACUGUGAGACCUUACAUAGACAGGCGU